AUGGACAAUAGUAGUUUCCUACUUUGGCGUACUGACUUGGUGAUAAACAACGAAAAGGGAAACGUACAGUGUAGCCGAGCCAAACGCAUGAAGAAACCACCGUUUUCUCCGAUGUAUGGUACACGAAACACCGCGAAUCUUAUCGAUCAGAGUUCCGAAGGACAGCCACCUCAUGCGCGAAGACCCCAUGGUGGCCUGGCUAUGGUUUACGGCAAUAAGAAAAACCUGACUAAAUGA